AUGCAAGGCUUAUUUGUGGCAGCUGUCUUCUUAAUUUAAUUUAGACAUAAUAAAUUUCAGAUGUUAGUAAUAUUGUGGAUCUUAUCUAAGUUAAAAAAUCAAUAAUUUUAGGUCUAUGAUCAUCCAGAAAAUACGUUUUAAUUUACUGAUGUUAGAGAAAAAACUGUUAUAUCUCAAUUUUUAAACGAUUAAAAAAUAAAAAUGAAUUUGAUAAAACAAAAAAUUGAAUAGUUAUUAGCUGAAUUGGCAAUAUGGUAAUCAGAAUUAGUGUAAUAAUAAACUAAUUUAAUUAAUGUAAUUAAAAAAGAUGAAUUUAAAUCACUUUUUUAAUAACUUACAAAUCAGGAUAAGGGUAUUACGAAUGAGGUUAUCUAAGAGUUACAAAAUAAAUUUUACCAUUACUUUUAAUCUAUAUAAUCUAUAAACUAAACGUCUGCAUAAAAAGAUUUAGAAAGCUUGGAUCAAAUUUUGGAAAAUAUGAACAAAAAAAUUAUUAAAAGCCAAAAAUUCGAAGAAUUAUUUAAUUACAUCAAUAAGGCUGAAAUAGAUUAUUUAAGAAUUGCAAACCCUUUUAACCAUUUAAUAAUGAGUACUAUUUCAAAAAAUGUUAAGAGAUAAAUUAUAAAAAAAUAGCCAAUUUAUAGAAGUAGAGAAAAUGGAUUAACAUUUGAUGCAAUUAAGGCUGCCAUAAUCAGCAAGGAAAAUUUACUUUGGUUUUUUAAAUCAUCAAAUAAUGGUUGUACUGAAUUUGGUGCAUUUACUCCAUACAUUUGGAAUGAUAGCCAGUAUUCUGGAGCAACUGCAGCAAAUCCUUCAUUUAUAUUUUCUAAGACUUUAUCAUAAAUUUAUCCAAUUAAAUAAGCUAUGGGAGCCUGUACACAUUAUUUUUCUUUAACAUAAUAUCUUAUAUUUGGAGGUACUGGCAAUAGUGAUUAAGAUAUACUAAUAAGACCUGAUUUCAAAUCAGGGUAUUCUAGAUUGGGAGUUUCAUACCAAGCCCCUUAAGGUCUUGAUACCUCAAAAAAUUCACCACAUCUAUUUGGGGCUCUAGAACCAAAUGUUAUUGAAUGUGAGAUUUAUUAAAUAAUUUUUGAAUGA